AAGUAAACUUUAGUUACGUUUUCACACACCUUGAGAUUGAGGUGGUUUGCUGUCACGCUAAGGAAAAUGUGUUAGUCAUGAAUAAACUAGGUAUUAGUCAUGUAUAUCACCAAGAAUAAGCCAAAUUGCAUGAAAACAUAACAAAAAUUGACUUUUGCCUUACUUUUACCCUAUUGUUUUGCAUGUAACAGUUUUUGCAAUUUCAGCCAAUGAAGCAUAUGAAAUACUAAUGUUUCUGAUUGUCUCUCCUUGUCUGUACUUUUGUUUAUGCCUGAACGCCUGUGCUCAUCUGCCGAAUGUACAAUGCUCAACAAAUGGUUUAACGUGUCGCCAUGACAACAGAGGCAGGCUCCGAGACGGAGGUGAAGGAGAACGCGGAGGAAAAGUCAGCUGCCCGGCUCGACCAAUCAAAGAAGGCCACAGAGGACACCAAGGAAGUGGUAGAGGAGGGUGAAACGGAGAAGGAGAAAGAGGGCAAAGGAAUUACUCGCUAUUUGCCAACAUGGUUUAAGAAGCAGAAGUCUCAAAGCCAGACCUCCCCAACCAAGGAGGACCAACCUGUCAGUAAGGGGACUCAAGAGGAGGCGCAAGUCCCUGAAGUCAACGGUCACGCAGAGGAGGUGGAAGAGAAGGAGCAAGUGAAGAAAAAAGAAUCCGAGUCCCAUUCCAACGCCAGCGCUGACACAGAGCCCGCCGGGGAAGAAAAAGUGGAGGAAAGCGCCCAAAAAAGUCUCGAGAGCACAGAGGAGACUCAAGAAGUAGCUGAGAAGGAGGAAGACAAGAAGGAGGUAGAAAAGGACAGAGGCCAAAGCCAAACUUCCAUUUUCCAGUCACCGCUCCGUUUGGUGAGGAAGAACAAGAUGAAACUGGUGGUGUGCCACGUGACCCUGCUGGAUGGGUCGGACUUCACCUGCGAGGUUGAAAAACGUGCCAAGGGCCUGUUCUUAUUCUUCAAGGUGUGCGAGCAUCUUAAUCUCCUGGAGAAAGACUACUUUGGUCUAACUUACAAGGACCACCAUGAGCAGAAGUGUUGGUUGGAUCCCACAAAGGAAAUCAAAAGACAAAUUCGCAGUAACAACUGGCAGUUUGCAUUCAACGUCAAGUUUUACCCCCCCGAUCCCUCACUGUUGUCUGAAGAUAUCACCAGGUACCUGUUGUGUCUGCAGCUACGUGAAGAUGUGGCAUCAGGUCGACUACCCUGCUCGUUUGUCACUCAUGCUCUGCUGGGCUCCUACACGCUGCAGGCAGAAAUUGGUGACUACGAAUCCGACCAACCUCGUCCUCUGGACUACAUCAGCCAGCUGACUUUUGCCGCCAAUCAGAGCAAAGAGAUGGAGGAGAAGAUUCUGGAGCUCCACAAAUCCCACAAGGGAAUGACACCAGCACAGGCCGACUGCCAAUUCCUAGAAAAUGCCAAGAAGCUGUCCAUGUACGGGGUGGACCUGCACCACGCUAAGGACUGUGAGGGGGUGGACAUCAUGCUGGGAGUGUGUGCUAAUGGACUCCUGGUCUACAAGGACAGGUUGCGGAUAAAUCGCUUUGCCUGGCCCAAAAUACUCAAGAUCUCCUACAAAAGGAACAACUUUUACAUCAAGAUCAGACCUGGAGAGACGGAGCAGUUUGAGAGCACAGUGGGAUUCAAACUCCAGAAUCAUCGCUCAGCCAAAAGGCUGUGGAAGGUCUGCGUGGAGAAUCACAGUUUCUUCAGACUUAACGCUCCAGAACAACCUCCCAAGGCCCGCUUCCUGACUCUGGGCUCUAAGUUCCGUUACAGCGGACGCACGCAGAACCAAACGCGCAUGGCCAGCACCCUCAUAGACCGCCCGGCGCCCGCUUUUGAACGCACCUCAUCGAAACGCAUCAGCCGUAGUUUAGACGGAGCUCCAAUGAUCAGCAUAACAGAUACCAGCAGGGAGGCUGAGAACGGACACGAGCCUCACCUGGAGCUCCACUCUGACUCCAAGGUUAAGGAGGCGGACUUGAGCCCUGGCAGUGUGGAAGCCACGCCCGCCCAGAGUCCAGGGAGAGUGCGGGGGGAUAAUAUUUAUGUGAGGCACAGUAAAUUGAUGUUAGAGGACCACGAUAAGACCCAAGAUGAGGUACUGAAACACCAGGCUAGCGUUAGCGAGCUAAAGCGCUCCUUUAUGGAGGCGCCGCCCCCCGCCCCUCCUCAGCUCAACCUGUGGGAGAAGCAUCUCACCUCGUCUCCGGCCACGGCGACGCGUGUCCAACAGCAGACAGUGGUCCUUGAGGAGGAGGCCGCCGGCGCGGCUGAUAACUGCGACGCCAAAGAACCUGCCAAGACGACGGAAGUUGAAAUUGAGGAAACAGUUGUCGUCCAAGAGAUUUCCAAAGCGGCCAAACCGGCAGAGGAGCUUCAGACUUGGGAAGGGCAAGUCCAAGGAGGCGCGGGGCUUGGGAAGAAGCAUGAAAGCAUUUCGUCGGAGAGCGAGAGCGAUGAGGAAGCGGAGUAUCAUCCGAAUGUGUCCCUGUCUAUUCGCCACGCUCAAAUACCUGAGGAGAAAGAGGAGGAGGAAGAAGAGCAGGAGCGGAAGGAACUCGCCGUUUCUUCCUCUCCUGUUGAGGUCAAUCAGGCUGCAGCAGCUGUAGAAGAUGAAGGCAAGGAAUGUGCGGAGGAGGAAAAGAAGGAAGUUGGCUCAGAAGAACCAAUGAAGACGCCUGACAAAGCUACUAAUGGAAUGACGCCGCAUGAAGAGGUGAUGUGUGUUACCACUGAGGAAGAAGAGCUGCCCAAAGUGAACGGGGAAGACUCAGUGGUGGAGGCGCGGUCGCAGGUUAUUUGUUGCUCUGAGCCACCUGUGGUAAAGACAGAAAUGGUGACAAUAUCAGACACGUUUGCGGCGCAGAAAAGCGAGAUAGCCACCAAGGAAGUGCCCAUCGUACAUACGGAAACCAAGACCAUCACAUACGAAGCCGCACAGCUGGAUGGAAGUGGUGACGGCGAGCCCGGAGUGUUGAUGACAGCUCAGACAAUCACCUCAGAGUCUCUGUGCACCACCACCACCACGCACAUUACCAAGACAUUAAAGGGCGGCCUGUCAGAGACGAGGAUUGAGAAGCGCAUCGUCAUCACCGGCGACUGUGACAUCGACCACGACCAGGCUCUGGCCCAGGCCAUUAAGGAGGCCAAAGAGCAACAUCCUGACAUGUCUGUCACCAGAGUGGUGGUUCAUAAAGAAACUGAACUGGCCGAGGAGGACGAUUGACACAACUCAGAGCUGAAGAGCCCAUCCUGAAGGACGACCAUCAUCAUCAUCAUCAUCAUGACAAAAGCGAGAGAGAGAGAGAGAGAGAGCGCGCCUCCUCCAAGACGUCGGUGUCUCUAAAAAAAAAUCAAAUAAUGACAACACGCAGAGGGAGCGGGAAAAACACUUGUUAGCUAACAUUUAUAGUGUUUUUAAAGUGUUUACCAAAAGAGACAAUACUCAUGUACAAGCUGAAUAAGCAAGAUAAAUGAUUACCAUCAUUGUUCCCACACGCUGUCAUGUAGCGCCAUCUUCAGACGUGUUGCUUUGCUCUUAGCAUCCUUCCUCCUUGUGACGAUACUGCAGUCAAAUGUACAGUACAGUACAGUACCAGCCAAACAACCAUUAUCACUCACUAACGGUACCAACCACUCAUUCCUCAAGCUUCUCUUUUCGUUCUUCUGCUCUUCUUCUACAUUCCUCGUGUGUUCACAGCAUUUCAAACUAGGUUUUUGUACUAAAUGGGCAUGAUUUGACGCUACAAAUGGUAUGUGUAGUUCCUGUUCCUAUAAAGACAGGCAAGGGAGCACAUUUUUAUUUAGGAGAGUUAAUUGUUUGCGAGGUGGCUUUUUCUCACUGUUUGAACCCUACCGGUGUUUUUACACAGACACAAAAUGCUGAAGUUGAUAUGAAAAGACAACAUGGAGGUGAGGUGAAUGUGACAGGAUGUGUAGAGAACACAAUGGCUCAUUUUGUUUUCUUAUUGAGUAAAUUUUUAAUUUCUUAAAUAUUUCACACCACUAAAGUACAGCUGAUAAGUGACAUGUCACGGUGCUAAGGUGACACUUAUGACAGACACUACCUUUUAACUUUUUCUAUGGCAGUUUUGUCCUCUUCUUUCUCUCCCGUCUUUUCUCUCAUUUACAAAUGGUAAUAUUGGCAAGUACUUUACAGUGGACAGUCGUUCAUAUUUGCAUUUCAACAUUGAUCGGGGGAAAAUCUGGUCUUUCUGGUGGAAAUUAUUGGAAGGUGGAAACAUUUUCUAGGGGUGUCCCGAUCCAUCCAUCCAUCCAUUUCUACCGCUUAUUCCCUUUUUUGGGGGAGCUGGUGCUUAUCCAUUAUUGAAAUUGAAUAUCGCUGAGGUACCAGCAAAAAACAAGUAUAGGAGUAUAUGGGCUUGCAUAACUGCGUGGUACAAUCUUUGAUACAAGCAGUCCUGCAGCGUGUUUACUUGUUUACAGUUUACAUCUAAAUGUCUUACAAUAAGCACACAAGGUUGUUCUUUUCUUGUAUUUUAGUCAAGUCAUUUACAAAAGGUAAACAUGGUAGGCUACAGGCUGCUAGGACCUAGCAGCUACACAACAGCUAAGCACACAAUACCACACAAGCUAGACAUAUGUAAUAAGUGUCCUUAAUUGAACAAUAUUACAGUCUAAAAGAGCACAUUUGUCAAUAUAAACAAGUAUCAAAUAAUUGUACUUACAUAUUACUCACACAAAAGUGUAUUAGAAAGUAUCUAGUAACAAAUGUGUCUGCAUCAUUCAAUUUACUGCAUCAGGACCUUCAUUUAAUGAAUUACUGUGACCACUGGGUGUCAAAAUAUCACUACACUUCAACCUAGAGAAAGCAUACGUCCAUUUCAGAUGAUCAAUAUUAAAUAAAUGAGUUUUUCAUACCUACCUUUCAUUGUUGUUUGACUAAUGUCACUAUAGCAAACAUUUUUUUUAACAUUUCACAGUAUUAAAUAAUCAAAGUAUUUAGGAUUCCUGUUGAUAUCGUAUCGAAUCAAUCUGACAAUACUCAAUGCUCCAAUUUCACCCUUAGAAUUGUCCCUUCCUUUCCAGAAAAUCUCUCUUUGAAAUGCAAAUAUUGUCUGGUAUGAGAAGACACCAGUUGACAUUUGAAACAUGUCAAGGUAAAGCUAUUUAAUAUACUGAACGUAAAAAGGAAAACAAUAAUUUAAACAUGUAUCGAUCACAUCAUCACCACUGGUACCGUUUGUCUAGACUAAAGUCAUAUUUCGUGCUUGGCUAAAUUAAAGUUUUGUAAUUGUGAUGUCAUUUAAAAAAAAAAUUGCCUGUUUUAGGUUUGACGGUGCUCCUUUUUACAGACAGCAAGGGGCUGUGAACGCAGCAUUGAAAGGGUGAAAGAUGCACAUAAUCGUGAUUAACACUAAGAUAAAUAUGAAAAUUAAAAAAAAAAAAACGACAUAACAUUCCGUGUCUAUAGAUUGAGCCACACUGUCCUGUCUUGACUGGAGUAAAAACAUUUGAAUUGGAUUUGUUUGAGUACACUUUUAAAUAUAAUUUUUUGAACCCCAAGUGUGUUCUUAUUGUUUCUGUAUUCAACAUUGGCAUUGCAAUGACAUUCCACUUUGAUCUUCUGGCAAAGAAUAUUUUUCAAAUAAAUAAGAAAACAUGUUGUAUAAUACGUCACAUGCUGUAGAGAUAUUUUGCCCAGUCUAUUCUUCUGUAAAACUAAGAUUUUCUCUUUGAUGUUUGUUUUCUAAUGAACACCAUUCACAAGCUUGUAGCUGUCUUUUAGAAAUUAGGAGUAGUGGGGCUGCCUAUCCAAAGCUUUCCUGGUGGUCCUGGUAAAUGUACGUGUGAAUUUACCAGAAUGUUUCAAAUCAAGGCAGCUCUGCAGUCACAAAUGCUGCCUUUAAAAAAAAAAUCAUCUGUAAACUGCAAUUUGUUGUCAACAAUCAAAACCAGCUUGCAGCAUUGUUUUGUAUUUUCACACUUGCAAGAAAACAUGAGAAUGUUCUGAAAGUCCACCAGCUGCCCCACUGCUCCACAGUAGGCCACUUGUGUCCACACUCGGUUUCUUUCUAGACAUUUAAUUGUCCUGUAUUACAAAAAGCAACUCUUUCCCUGUGUAACACUUUCAAUAAAGGGUUGUACUACU